CUACAGCCAUUCAAAGAGAAUAAGCACAUUUGUUGACUCUGAGAAUCAAGGUUUUAUCACAUUGAGCAAACCAGCAGAUAUAGUUUACCUCUUCUGUUUCAACACACAUUACUGACCAUGUGGACUUUGAUACUGGUAAUGGUUGCUACUGGAUUGCCAGCUAUAUAUCAUACAGCACCAGUUCAGGGGCAUAGUGGCAGAUGCAGCUUUGCUGGUGUGCUCCACAUCGAGGAGGCCAGCAAUUAUUCUUUGACUUUCCAGAACGCUUUGGAAUUGUGUCAGAGUUUAAGCUACAGACUGGCAACACAAGAGCAGGUCAUUGAAGCUCAUAAAAAAGGGUUGAGAAUAUGCAGAUACGGUUGGAUUGAUGGUCAAAAUGUGGCAUUUCUACCACACAGUAGUAGUCCAAACUGUGACUCCAGUUCCACUGAGGUGACUUUUCAUUCUGAAGCAGCAGAAUAUCUUUCUGAUGUGUACUGUUUUAACCCAUCAGAUCCGUUUGACGUAAGCUGUGAAGACGCUGUCAAGUCUGCAUCUCAAACAUCUAGUGAAAACUCAGUCAGAACAGUUGGAAAACGAAAUGAAGACAUUCUAGAGGAAGCCCUUAUUGAAGGCUUCCUAGUAGAUGUGGAAAAGAUUGAUUUGACAGACACACAAGAUGCCAAAGGUCCUACAAACAAGUUCCGCUUUGUGAGAAGUGCUGUUAAACCCACUGUCUUGCCUCCUGAAGAAGAGGGCAGUGGAUCAGGAUUGAAUCCUGGAUUUCCUGAUUUUAAUCAGUUUUCAACAAGGUCAAGCACCGUAGAGCCAGCGGAGAAGGAAACUUCUGAAAACGCUCGUGAGGAGGUUAUAAUGGAAGGAGAGGGUUCAAAACAGGAUACCAGUCCCACAGAUAAGAGAGGACGAAACAAUGUUGAUAAAGUGUGGAAUUCUGACUCCCCUUCAACACCAUCCACUCAUCAGAGGAAAGGAUCACCUUCUUGGCUUGUAAUCUUAGCAACCAGUGUGGUUUUUGGAGCAAUACUUUGCAUUUUUGCUGCUAUUGCCACUAAGGACAAGUGGUAUGGGCCAAGAAAGAGCAAAAACAAAAUGUCUGAAGAUUAUAGUAAAGCAGGAACUUUGCCACUGUCAGAGAAGGAGAAGGAGAUAGUGAAGCUGAGCGCUGCAAAUGUGCAGAAUGGUAAAACGGUGGACUUUCAUGUUGCCAGUCUGGACGAGCAUGAGAGAGAGUAUUUAAUGUAACAGGUGAGGCCAUUGGACAAAAAAUUGUGAACGUGGGAUGCCUGAGCUUUGACUGAAGCAUUACCAUUUGAUUUAAACCAAAGACUGCUUAAAGACGUGACACUGUGUACUCUGCAGUAGUUUUUGAAUGCACUGAUUUUUUUGCUCCCAGAGGUAUGUUUUUGUGCAAUUUAAUUUUACGUUGCCCCAGUAUUUUCAUCCUUUUUACAUUUAUUGUUUUUUUUAACUGCAAGGUCCAACUGUUUUUUUUUUUAAUUGAUUGGUGGUUUGAAUAAUAUGGUGAGAAAACAUUUUAAUAAGGUUUGUCAGCAUGCGUUUGUAAGUACUGUGUACUCUGUGGGAUAUGAUACAUUUUUAAAUGUUUAAAGAAACUGCCACGUCUUCAAGAAACAUCUGGUUUGUAUCGCCUUGUUAAAAUAUUUUAAACCUUUGCAAUUGUAAAAGA